GUCCGCUGUAUCAAACGCACGCAUGGCGCGCUAUGGGACGCGCGGGCGAUUUUCGAAUUUUUUUUAAAGUUAUAAAUAAUUCACAUUGAACAUAUACACAAAAAAUCAAAAUCGAUUACUAGAAAAAGUCAAUUAUGUCGAAGUAAAUGUAAAUAGUAUUCUACAAAUAAAGUGGUAAAGUGAUGUGAACCCAUGACUUUUAAUACAAAUGGUAAACAUGAGACAAGCGGGCUGGAUAAUUGUGUGUGUUUGAGGGUUAGGAGUCGGAUAGCGUCGAUGCGAGCGUUGGGGGUUAGGGCAUGGUCUGUUUUGGGGGUUGUCGUGCUUGGGGUAGUAUGUGUGGGUGGGAGCGAGUUCCCGGAGAGAGAAUGCUGCGAUCCUGUGUACCCUCCAAACACGGCUACAACAGCUGCUGCCCCAGUCACCCAUCCCGUGAGCAAAGUAUCAGGGCCGGGUAUAAAAGGCACUAUGGCGAUCCUGAAUUGCCUUUUAGCGAGACAACUAUGCUUUGAAGAUGCCUCGUGCUCCGCCAUUUUGGAAAUCAUUCCUCGUGUCUGUGGUUCUGAAUUAGUUGCCUGCUCUACCGUGACCGUUACCAAGUGUCAAGCCGCUCUCCGAACUCUACAAGCGUUUCCAUUCUUUAAACCGACUUGCCUCUGUCGAGAACCGAACGUCGAUCCAGAAUGCAACUCCUUCCGCGACUUCCUAUUCGAUCAUCCCUGCGUUUUCGUGAUGAAAAAAGAGAAAGAUCCCUAUCCCGUGGAGACUCUGCCAACUUGCACCUAUGCUUUAAGUGUUUGCCACAACGAGAAAGCUUGUUCCGUGCUCUUCGAGAGAUUCAAGAACGCUUGUAAAGCCAGAGACGGGGAGUGUCGUAUGGAGGAGAGGGAAUCCUGCCGCGAGGCGUGGGCCGGUCUUCGGCUUUCUCCACUCUUCGGCUGCAUCUGCCCCAACACCCACAUGAAGAAGAGAUGUGAUAGGAUUUUCGCUGUCGUGAACCACAACCCGUGCGUCGUAAAGCUGAUAUCUGACGGACGGACGGCAAAUCGAAACACCACGGCGGUGACGUCAUGGAUUGGUGGUAUGUCCAUAACGCAGGACGGCAACCUUAUCACUCCGGACAAAUUAAUGACACACGUACACCGUUAUGCAAGCCCCCACUACAGGCCCCAUGGGCACCAUUACCACCAUUGGAAUCAUGAGCCAGGGGGAAGUGAAGAUCCUCUAUACGCUACCAAGACAGUCUACGGACCAGGCUACAUCGAUGAAAACCAGAGGAUUGGCAAAGAAAACGGUAAAGCAGGUUAUGAAAAGGUGGCCCUUCAAUCGACCUGUCACGUUGCAUUGGACGCAUGCAUAAAGGAUACGGACUGCGUGACGUCACUCACGCCCGUGCUUCAAAAAUGUCACUCAACCGACUGCGAUAGGGAGGGAUGUAUGUCAGCGUUGAGGGGAUUCUAUAGGAAGCCUGGUGUACAUUGGAACACGGAAAUCGCAUUCUGUCUCUGCAAGAAAACGGAUAACAAGGAAGACUCGUGCAUGAAUGCCCAAGAGAGAUUACACCCAUCUUGCGCCCAACGACCAGCUGUCGGUUCACCGCUUCCCGCCUGUCAUACCCUGGCCCACGCCUGCCGAGAGGAACCCGAAUGCAGAAUCCGCCUGGAAAACUACGAGCAAUGGUGUGCCGUGGAUGCCGUGACGCAAGGCUGUGCUGGAUCUCCAGCAGCGUGCCGAGCGGCUGUUGUAGCUGUUCUGGGUACUCAGCUAAGAGCUGCCUGCGCCUGCAGAGGAACUGAUUUUGCCCAGCUCUACGAUUGCCUUGGAUGGCAGAGAUUAUUAUGGCUCAAUCCAUGUGUUGUGGAAUCUCAAAGCGACUACCACGUCAAAACCUACGGAGCCCUGCAUACAACUACUCCAUUCGACAACGGCGUCAGAUACAUGACAGUACCACCAGAGCCAGCAGUUCAUCAUCAUACCACCUCACACCACCACAAGCAUACAACCCAGCACGGCACGUCGCAAGUUGACGUUAUGCAGGAGAAUCGCCAAGAACAACCCCCGAUCACAACUAUGUCUGAACAAAAGAUCCAUAGUGACGCAGAACUGGAAGCAAUCAUUGUCACGACUAUUGAAACCACAACAAUGACCACCACAACGACGACGACAACCACGACGCCAACCACAACGACCACAACCACAACUACCACGACCACACCACGCCCGACCACUACGAUGGAGCCAACGAAAUAUUGCAUUGUUAAAAAGCCAGAGAGUGAUGAUCAGGCGCAAUACAUUAAAAUGGGGGAAACCAGACGUCUGUAUCGGUCUGCGGAGUUAGCGGAGUGCACAGACCUGUGCGUCUGUGAGGCCUCCUUGCAGGUGUCCUGUAAGGUCGCCUGUGUGCCACGAGCCCCGUGUUCCUCCCGUCUAGCACACUACUCACACGCAGCACCCGCCUACCAAGCUUACCGCGGACGUUGCUACUGUUACUCUGGAUCAUUCAUCUGUAUGCGGCCUAAUCCAGGUGAAUACAAGUUGCCUGAGGGCGUCUACCUCUUGCUGGGAUUCAGUGCCGUGGACGAGGCCUUACUGAGACCUCAUACAGGACUCGGGGCUGAAGACGCCGUGAGGCUGCUUCAACGAUAUCUCAGGAUCGCGCACCAUGGAGAGACAAAUUGUACCCUGACUCUGUUCAACAUAAGCAAUGAAAACGUUAUCAUCUCCGCUAGCCUACCACAAAAAGAACAAGAGGCUCUCAAGGAAGCCGGGGAAGCUCUACUAGAUAGAGAGAAGGAAGCCUGCAUAGAUGUCUUGAAAGUAGUAAAAGCUCGCAUUAACUCACAACACGAGGAUAUUUCGUCACACCUUCUCCUCUCCAUCUUCAAGAUAGCGGAAGUCGACGUCGUUUAUCCAACGCCACCCAGCUCCGCGAUAUCCACCAACAGGCCAGAUACCAUCAUUUACUUCAUCAUAUGCCUCAUCACUAUCAUGUACAACCUGCGUGACGUCACUUCCGCGAUAACAAUAACCACGACCGGAAUCGUCAAUUCCCUAACGAAUUUAUCUACAAAGACGUCCCCCUCAUAUCAUAUCGUUCCUUUUCAGAUUUAUAUCAUAGAAUAUAUUUUAUCUAUUACGAAAUGUGAUGUAUUUAUUAAUGUUGUAAAUGACUCGCACCAAGCACUCGCUUUAGAUGACGCACAUACAAACACAAACGACGCUGAAUUAAGUGUAGAUAUAAAUUUAUAUAAAAUAACAGAACAUAUCAUAGCUGUGAAUACAAUAUAUGAUAAUUUAUAUGAAAUUAUUGCUAAUGCAAACGUAACUAAAUAUUUUUCUAGUGUUGUGUAUUACAAAUUCGUAUUUAUUAUGACGGAGAUGCUUCUCGUGAGUUCUGUUAUGGAAAUAUCGCGUCCUCUUCUUAUGGGAUUUGAAUAUCCGUUAGCUUAGGACUGAUCUAGAAGUAGUUUGAAGACUGACAUGUUAACUGGACAUAUCAUAGUUAAGUGUUUCGUUUUAUUUUCGACUUAGAACUGGUGCUUGUAGGUCGAUCUUAAGGCUGGGUUUUUUGUAAAUAACUGUACCCUUUACACUGUUAUAAUAAUUUCUUAGUGUAUCUUUAUUCUAUUUUCUAGUAUUAAUAUAUAUAUUUUCUGAUUAUUCCGUCAUCCACGUAUAUAUUUUUGUAUAUAAUCAGUAAUUCUUCUGUAUUUUCGUGUUUAGUUUACAAUAAAAUUGGAUUUCGUAGUUAGGAGGUAGUCCGUUGUAGAGAAAGCCUUUCUGUUAGUUAAAUUUAAGUAGAGGUUAUAAUCAAUGUGAAUGCACGAUUAGGACAUAAAUAGAGACAAAGAUGUAUGAUGUGUAACGAAUGGGCUACAAUACAAAAAAUUUUGUAUAAGAUUCGUUAAUAUUUUGAUGAAGUAAAGUUAAAUUAUCAGUUACAUAUAAAACACGAAGAACUGUUUAUAAAUAUUCUGACUUUCUUGUAAUAUUUUAACCAAAAAUAUAUAUAAAUCUGAAUGUCACUAGCAGACAAAAAUCAUCCAAAUAAGAAGUGUUUUUGGUUAGUAGAAUGAAAGUAACAUUAGAAUUUACUUAUGUCCCAAGAAAGAAAUACCUCUGUUUCUCUCAACAUUAUUGAGCCUUAUAUCUUCUUUCAGUCCUUAUUGUGAUCGUUCUUAAUUCAAAAACUAACAAAAACCUGCUACAGAGCAUUUAAGCCACCAAAUUCAGUCUAUGCUACAAAAAUCUCCACGAAUGUUGAUCCAAGCAGGGUACACAUUAUACAUCUUCGUCGAAUGUUUUAGAUAUUAUAGAUGUAAGUAGACACUUAGGCAAUUAUCAACAUUAUCGAGGGUAAUGGUUUCUAUGGUAAUGAAAGAAGCUUUAAUUUGAAGUAGACCUGUCUUGUGUUCUACUUGAACUAGUGGACUUAGACGAAAUCUAUAAUCAAUGUACAAAAUCUUUGUAUAGCGUUUAGCUUAGCUGUUUGCUUUGUUGUUACUGCUUACGGUUAUAUUUUCAAUAUGUAUUUUCCUUAUAUAUCAGUUUUAUAUAUAUGUAAGCCGUUAUUUGAUUUUUUUAUAUUUUACUAGAUGAAAAUAUUGAAUUAUAUCCGUUUUGUCGUUAUAAAACUAUUGUAAUGUUAUUACUCAAAUUGUCAAAAUCUAAAGAAACAACCUAUAUUAAUGUGAAUCUUAAUAAUUAUAUAUGAAAAUAUAUAUUAUUUAUCUGUUUAUCUAAGUAAAAUUAUGCCUUAAUGUAUCUUGUUAAUUGUUUCUAUAUAACAUAUCACGAUUUUAUUCUUAAUAUUUUAUACUAUGAUCAUAAGUGUGUCUAUAGCACUCAUUUGAGUACAUAGAUUAAAAACUUUUUUGACAUCCCGGCUGAAUGAAUCUCAGUCACAGUAAAUGUCAUAAAUCUAGAAAUUAUGAAAUAUUUCAUUAUUCUUUUUAUUUAUACGGAUUCUUCAUCAUAAAUUUGUUCUAAUUAUCUGUGAGAAUCAAUAUUUGAUGUAACGCCAAAUUUGAUGAAACGAAACAUAUCAAUAAAGCUCAAUUUUAUACUUAUAUUUCUAGCAUUAGAUGUUGCAAAAGAAAAUGGCGUAACUUAGAACAUAGAAGUAGAUAUAUAUACUUAUUUAAAAAAGAUAGGUAAAAUGUUUCUCUUACGUUAUAUACUUGAUUUUUAUACAACAUAUGUACUAAGAUAUUUAUGAAAUUAUAUUUGAGUGAAUUUUUUCAAUGAACCGCACGCCUCCUGCCUUCCAUGUGAAUAAUAUAGAUAUAACUGACAUUAAAAAAAAACUGAAUAUUUAAUUUAAAAUAAAAAUUGUUAUAAAUUAUUUACACAGAGCACUGCACGGUUAUACUUUAACAUUACGAACAAUAAGAUAUUCACAGAUUAUAAAUGUCACUGGCACUAUAUGUAAUUAGUCUAUGUAAAAAUAAGACGUUAAAUUUUAAUUUUUUGAAUUACUUCACGAAAUAUAUGGAGAUUAUUUUUAUUCAUAAAAUCAAUAAGUACUUGUUUUAGUGCUUCUGUUGUGUGUUUGUUUAUCUAUGUGCGAAAACGUGUAGACUCAAUGUAUAGCAAUACGUUAAUACUGUAGGUAUUUAAUAUCGGUUUGGAAAAACAUAAGCCGGUACAAAACAGACAUCGUUUCGAUUGUAUUUAUAUGUUAAAAGUUUCCAAGCCAAUAUUGAAGCGAUUGUGAAUCAGCACAGUAGUGAUAUGCAGUAACAGAGCUUCUAAUGUACUGUUUUAUAAAACCACAUCGUGUAUUGUUUAACACUACCUACAAGGUUCUAACACUUUUGUUGUAGCAAAUAAAGAUAUUCAUAUAAAA